CAUACAAAAAUAUCUUCUCUCUCCCUCCAAUGGAUUCUCCGAAACUCCCGUACUCUCUCUCCGCCUCUUCUUCCACCCCAUUCGCUUCCGCCGCCGUCAAACCUCACCGGAAUAAACUCCUUUCCCGUAAUGGCAUCCUCAUCAUCAUCGCCAUGUCCUGUAUUCUCCUCCUCCUCAUAUCUCUCCUCAUCUACGCCACCGUCUCAAAAUCCUCCCGCAGCCACCGUAAUCAAUCGCACCAAACCCCAACCUCCGACGAUCAUCCUCCGCCGGAAACACCUCCUCCUCCUCCUCCAAUUGCUCAGAUCCGUCUCGCAUGUAACGCAACGCGUUUCCCAGACCAUUGCGUUGCCUCGCUCUCUAAACCGGGUCAAGUCCCUCCGGAUCCUAAACCGGUUCAAAUAAUCCACUCUGCAAUUUCAGUCUCCUUCGAGAAUCUCAAAUCCGGCCAAUCAAAAAUCAAAUCAAUCCUAGACUCAUCCGCAGGGAAUCAAAACCGUACGAAUAUCGCCACCAUUUGCCUCGAGAUCCUCUCUUACUCUCAACACCGUACCGAAUCAACGGACAUCGCCGUGACAAGCGGCGAAAUCAAAGACGCUCGUGCGUGGAUGAGCGCCGCUCUAGCUUACCAAUUCGAUUGCUGGUCAGGUCUCAAAACCGUCAACGACACGAAGCAAGUCGUCGAUACGAUCACGUUCUUCGAAGAUCUCGUGAACCUCACCGGAAACGCGUUGAGCAUGAUGUUAUCGUUCGACAAUUUCGGAGACGACGUCGUUUCGUGGAUUCAUCCAGCGACGGAAAGAGAUGGGUUUUGGGAGAAAGCUGGGCCGAGUUUGGGCUCGGGUACGGGUACAGAGGCUAAUUUGGGUUUUCCGUCUGGUUUAACGGAAGACGUGACGGUGUGUAAAAACGGAGGGAAAGCGUGUAAUUACAAAACGGUGCAAGAAGCCGUUGACGCAGCGCCGGAUACUAACGGAACCGUUAAGUUUGUGAUACGGAUUAAAGAAGGUGUGUAUGAGGAAACCGUUAGGGUUCCGUUUGAGAAAAAGAACGUCGUCUUCAUCGGUGACGGAAUGGGCAAAACGGUAAUUACAGGGUCGUUGAAUGUUGGACAGCCAGGAAUGACAACGUUUAACUCUGCAACUGUCGGAGUUCUCGGUGAUGGAUUUAUGGCUCGUGAUUUAACUAUAGAGAACACGGCAGGAGCAGAUGCGCACCAAGCGGUUGCGUUUAGAUCAGACAGUGAUUUCUCCGUACUCGAAAACUGUGAGUUUCUUGGGAACCAAGACACUGUUUACGCUCACUCUCUCCGUCAGUUCUACAAACAAUGUCGAAUCCAAGGCAACGUAGACUUCAUCUUUGGUAACUCAGCUGCCGUAUUCCAAGACUGUGAUAUCCUAAUCGCUUCAAAACACUCCAAACUCGAGCAAGGCGGUGCAAACAACGCGAUCACAGCACACGGUAGGAUUGAUGCCUCGCAGUCCACGGGAUUUGUGUUUUUGAACUGUUCGAUUAACGGAACAGAGGAAUACAUGAAGGAGUUUCAAGCAAACCCUAAAGGGCAUAAGAACUUCUUGGGUAGACCAUGGAAGGAGUUUUCGAGGACUGUUUUUGUAAACUGUAAUCUAGAGUCUUUGAUUAGUCCUGAUGGAUGGAUGCCUUGGAGCGGGGAUUUCGCAUUGAAGACUUUGUAUUACGGUGAGUACAAGAAUAAGGGUCCGGGAUCGGUUAGAACGAAUAGGGUUCCAUGGAGUAGUGAGAUACCAGAGAAGCAUGUUGAUGUUUACUCUGUGGCCAAUUUUAUUCAGGCUGAUGAGUGGGCUUCCACGACUGCUUGAUUUUGUAAAGGAAAAUUGAGGUUUUAGGAUUUUGAAAAGAAGAGAAGAGAAGUCGUCAUUGUAACUUUAUUGUAGUGUCAAAUAUUAGUGUGGUUUCUUUAUCGUUCAUUGGGGAUUCAUAAAUUAAAAAUUGAAGA